GGACUGAAGUGGACAAUGAAGUUAUGGGAUGGACUGACCACUUGUCUGGUACUGCUGAGCGCCGUGCACGCCAGCCCGCUGCUCCGGAGCCGACGGCAGUCCGCGUCCGCCAAGAGGGGAGGGCGCGCCGCCGAGAGUCCCCUGGAGCUCCCGCCGGUUCAGGUCCGCCUGGCCGUCACCUCCCCGGGCGUCAGCCGCGCUGAGGCGGAUACGGCGGACUGGGGAGAGGCGCUGGCAGGAGGAGGAACAUACACCAUGGAGGAGCCCCUCCUGAGUGAGUUUCAAGAUGUGGUGGACUUCAUCAAAGUGACCAUCAGCAGAAUACGUCGCUCCUCCUCAUCCCCCGUGUCCUCAUCUACCUCUUCCUCCACCACCUCUUCCCCCUCCAACGAAAACUUGAGCAGUAGCAAUCGACACAGAAGGGAGAGGAAGAAGGGGGCGAGCGGCAAAGGAGGAAGAGGAGGAGCUAGAGGUGCGGAGUCAGGAAGGAAGGUUAGAGGAGGAGGAGGCGGCAGUGGACGAGCACAGGGCUGCGUGCUCAAACAGAUCCAUCUCAACGUGUCGGACCUCGGUCUGGGCUACCGCUCCAGCGAGGAAAUGUUAUUCAGGUACUGCUCGGGACCAUGCAGGAAGUCCGAGACCAACUACGACAAAAUCCUCUACAAUCUCGCUCACAACAGGAGGCUUCCUCCCAAAGACACGCCCCCUCAGGCUUGCUGCCGGCCAACAGCGUUUGACGAUGAUCUCUCGUUUCUGGAUGACAACCUCGUUUACCACACCGUGAAGAAGCACUCUGCCAGGAAAUGUGGUUGUGUGUAGGGAGUGUGAGCUCAACCUAAAAGACUAAAAUCAAUCAAACUCAAUGAAUGAGACUCACUCUGUCUACUGUAUAGGACAUAUGUUAUGGU